CCUUCCGGGAGGACGAGGGCUGCCUGCCCGAGGGCGGCGAGGACGAGAAGCCGCUGCCCUCCCAGCCCUUCCAGCGCCAGGUGUGGCUGCUCUUCGAGUACCCGGAGAGCUCGGGGCCCGCCCGGGGCAUCGCCAUCGUGUCGGUGCUGGUCAUCCUCAUCUCCAUCGUCAUCUUCUGCCUGGAGACGCUGCCGCAGUUCCGCGCGGACGGCCGGGGGGCCGGCGACGGCGGCGGCGUGGGCCGCGUGUCCUCGGUCCCCCGGGGCAGUCAGGAGGAGGACGAGGAGGAGGACGAGGCCUACGCCUUCCACCCGGGCCUCGCGCCCGGGGCCGCGGGGCCGGCGGGCUCCUCUGCGCUGAGCGCGCUCGGCGGCUCCUUCUUCACGGACCCCUUCUUCCUGGUGGAGACCCUGUGCAUCGUCUGGUUCACCUUCGAGCUGCUGGUGCGCUUCUCCGCCUGCCCCAGCAAGCCCGCCUUCUUCCGCAACAUCAUGAACGUCAUCGACCUGGUGGCCAUCUUCCCCUACUUCAUCACGCUGGGCACCGAGCUGGUGCAGCAGCAGGAGCCGCCGGCGGCCGGCGGCGGCCAGAACGGGCAGCAGGCCAUGUCGCUGGCCAUCCUGCGCGUGAUCCGCCUGGUGCGCGUCUUCCGCAUCUUCAAGCUCUCGCGCCACUCCAAGGGGCUGCAGAUCCUGGGCAAGACGCUGCAGGCCUCCAUGCGCGAGCUCGGGCUGCUCAUCUUCUUCCUCUUCAUCGGCGUCAUCCUCUUCUCCAGCGCCGUCUACUUCGCGGAGGCCGACGACGACGACUCUCUCUUCCCCAGCAUCCCGGACGCCUUCUGGUGGGCGGUGGUCACCAUGACCACGGUGGGCUACGGGGACAUGUACCCCAUGACCGUGGGGGGCAAGAUCGUGGGCUCGCUGUGCGCCAUCGCCGGGGUCCUCACCAUCGCCCUGCCCGUGCCCGUCAUCGUCUCCAACUUCAACUACUUCUACCACCGCGAGACCGACCAGGAGGAGCAGGGCCAGUACACGCACGUCACCUGCGGGCAGCCGGCCCCGGACCUGAAGGCCGCCGACAAUGGGCUCGGCAAGCCCGACUUCCCCGAGGCCACGCGGGAGCGGCGGCCCAGCUACCUGCCGACGCCGCAUCGCGCCUACGCGGAGAAAAGGAUGCUCACGGAGGUGUGACCCGUGCAGCCGAGCCUGCAGGGGCAGGGGGCACGGAGCAGACAGGCUCUUCGCCUUCCUUGGCAUUGUCACGCCUCUCGCCCCGGCUCCGCUGGACUUCUCGGCUCCCUUCCCGACACCCACUCCCUGGCGUCCCGGACCACAUGCCUGGACUGCCAGCCUUGUUGCUUGAUCCCUGCCGCGUUCAAGGCGAAUCCAUCUAAGUGACAUUUCUGACGUUCCAAUGGUGCCACCCAAUCACACCCGUCUCCUGCCACGUGGAUGAGAUGUACGUUGAUGUCUGACCUUCCCCCAAGACUCUGACUUUUCGCCUCCGGGACUUGUGCUGUUUCUAGGAACGGCAAUGUCAACAGGUUGGAAACCAGCCGUCCCUGGGUCCUAUCUGGCGCCUCGGUGUCCUUUGCUUUGGGGUAUGCCCCUCUCUUAACUUCUGGCCACCUGGUGACUGACCGAAACAGGAGGAGAGAAACUGGACUCAGCUUGCUGUUUUGCUCCUGUAGUACUUGCUGUCAUUCUGCAGAGGACUCUCGGUAGACCCACAUUUGUGCUGCCUCCAAAUAGGUUAUUCAUUCCUAACCUUGGAUGGAAUGAGAGAAAAUACAAAUAAACUCGACCACUGGGAGGAUACGGGGAUCAGUCUUGGACCAAAGGGGCCAAUGGAUUCUUCCAGGUAUGUUCCAGCACAAGAGACCCUGGCUUUUGAUCUACACUGAGUCCUCUCCACUCCGAUUCCCUGACUUUCUCUAGCUUCCAGGAAGGUUCCUUCUCCGAGCCAAAUACUCUUUUUGUGUAAGUGCCUUCCUGUGCAAAGGAACUGGAAAAAAGGAACCACAGAGCCAGGAGAAAUGGCUGAACAGAGUCAAGCAACUGUCUUGACAACACAUCUGAAGCUAGGUGCCGCUUAAGCAGAUAUUGUCAUCUCGAAGGGGCAGAGGAAUCUUGUUGCAGACAGCAGCUUUUUCUCCCUCGUUUUCCCCCAAUCCUCUCUCGCCCGCCCUCUACCCUGCUUCCUGGGAAUUUGACUUAGGAUUGCAGUUGAAGGCUUUCCCAAGCCAACUCCAGCUGAAACUCCAAGACAAGUAAAAGCACACAUUGGAUGCCAGCACGAGUUUCUUCCCAUUUUACGGGCAGGGAAAUAUGUGGUUUAGAAUAAGGAACAAGCAUCAUUCCUCUGCCAACAGCCUCAUCGUUAGAGGUUUUUUGCUGAGUCAAGCAAACACUCACCUGCCCUGCCCCUUGGAGCUGCAUGUGACCUGCUCUCACUGGUAAGGUGACGGGGUGGCGUUCCCACCUGGGCUAAGCCGCUCUCUUCCCUUGCGAAACCACCGCCGUCCAUCCACCUGUCCA